AUGUUUAAAUCAUACUAUAUUAAUGUAAAUUUAUUUGCUAAGCAAAUAGUUAAAUUGGGUUAGAAUGAUACUACUUUACCAAUUAUUUCAGAGAGAUUACGAAAUACUUCUAAAGUAAUAGCUCUUCUGAAACUCAUGUAUCCAAAUGAGAUACCUGAAAAAUUUGAAAUGAUAGGAGAAAAAAUUUAUGAGGUAAUUGUUACAAUUGAAUAGAAUUUUACUAUAUUUAAGAUAUUAAUUUAAUGGUGUGAAUAAAAUUAAAUUAAAAUGAAAGACUCUAAAAGAGGUAAGAAUAGUUAGUUAGACAUUAAUUUAAUUAAUUCAAUAAGAGCAUAUUCGGAAUAUAUUAACAAUGAACUUGGAAUUUACUUUAAACCAAAGUGA